AUAUUGAAUGCGCACGAAAUCUCUUCAUGCUUUAUUGCGGAACAAGGAACUGCACUUUGUUUUGUCUCAUGAAUGGUGACAGUUUAUUCAGAGUUCAUUUCAAAUACAGCUUUAUGCUUUUCAAGUUGUUUUCUUGAAGUCAUCAGAAGAAAAAAAAAUGUUUCAUGCAUUUAUUAUUUUCUGUUUGUGCUUCAAUGGUGUUGAUCCAGAUGAAGUGAAGUCGGUGUCAGUGAUGGAGGGACAUUCUGUCACUCUUUACAGCAGUAUUACUGACAUACAGAGAGACGAUCUCAUUCUCUGGACAUUUGGAGCUAAAAACUCUCACUUAGCUAAAAUCAACAGAUUACAGAAGGAGAUCUUUCAUGAUGGUGAUGUUGGGAGAUUCAGAGAGAGACUGCAGAUGGAUGAUCGGACCGGCUCUCUCACCAUCACAAACAUCAGCACAGAUCUCACUGGACUUUAUCGCAUUGAAAUCAUCAGUGGAAAUAAAGUGUCCAGCAAGAACUUCACUGUUUCGGUUUAUGCUCGUCUGCCCGUUCCUGUCAUCUCUCAAUAUUUCUCUCAAUGUUCUUCAUCGCCUUCAAGCUCGUAUUGUUCUGUGUUGUGUUCAGUGAUGAAUGUGACACACGUGACUCUCUCCUGGUUCAAAGGAAGCUGUUUAUUGUCCAGCAUCAGUGUGUCUGAUGUUAAAACAACCACAUCUUUGCAUCUGGAGGUGGAAUAUCAAGACAACAACACACACAGCUGUGUGAUCAACAAUCCCAUCACAAACCACACACAACAUCUCAACUUCACUCACGUCUGUCCCAUAAUCAUCAUUUCAGAUUACGUUCAUUACAUUGGCAAACCCGAAGCAAUGACCCGAUUGGUUGUCGCUGUUCUGGUGGGCGUGGCCGCUGUUGCUCUGGUGGUUUAUGACGUCGUAUCCACAAGAGUUUAACAAGAGACUGAAAUCACAGAUGCCAGUAUUUUCUUUUAUUUUUUUAAGGUAAACGAUAGAUGUAAAAGGUUGUUUCUAUGGGAUGCUACACAUUAAUUGUAAACUCGAGAAUAAGCUGACUGUGCAUCUAAAACAGCAAAAUAACAUGACAUGAAAGAGUGACCAUAGUCUAAAAAUCUUUAGUAUUGUGUUCAAACGUAUUAAAACCUAACACGUUAUUUUACUUCUUCAGGAGUAGAAAUCUUUGUGCUUUUUAUUAAUUAGGCUGUGCAAUGUUUUGGCAUCUUGAAUGUGCACAGAUGGCAAUGACAGAAAAGACGUGUUCUAGGAAAAAAUAAAAGAUGCAAUUCAGCGUGUUCAUGAGACCUUUAAACUAUGAAUAUUACAGGUAAAGCUUUGUACUAAAAAUGCCAAAAUAUGACUCAUUUCUCUUUUAUUGCUCUUCAGAUUCACAGAGCAUGUCAGGAUAAUAGUGUCAAGUACAUUUUGACCAUAGAAAGCUUGAACAGUAUUCAACAAGCAUUCUCGGCUCAUUCUCACUUUCCCUUUUUGUCAGUUCUGGUAACAUGACUGUCGCUAUAUUAGAGAAGUAAAAGCUUCACAAAAUAGGAUGGAUACGAGUCGCUCCUACAAAGUGGAAGCAUGUAAACUGAAAAAAAAACAUGACAGCAAACCCUUGCAUUUUUUUGAAGAUUAUAGGCCUACCUGUUUGAGAUACUUUGAUCUGAAAACUUCAUUUUUGUGUGUGUUUAUUAUUGAGUGUAUGUGUGUAAAGGGCUUUUUUCAAUCUAAUAAUAACCUGACAGUUCAGUGAGAGAAACUGAAUACUGCAUCUAUCAACUGAAAUCGACAUUGAAAACAUACCAGGAAUGUUACCCAUAACGUGCCAUCAUAUUAACAACUUUGAACAGGUCAUAGAAACCUUGUUAAAAUGUACUGGAAAUGUCCAAAAAGUAUACUGACGCCAAGUUUUACAUUGAUUUUUGACAAAGGUUUCUGUGAACAACUGGAUUUGCUGAUCGAAGCUCAUUCAUAAAAAUGUGUGUUUUUUUUCCAUGUAUUGAUUCUUUUUAAAUGUAGUCAUAGACUCAGUUAUUCAUACACUAUGUAUAGGCCUAAGUGCUACAUUAACACUAACACCUAAAUAAUGUUAUUUUUAUUAAUGUGAAGUGACCUAUACGAAACAUAAAAAACGGACGCAAAGAUAGCGUUUCCACCUUUGACCACAAGAUGGCGCUGUUGAGCACCGUUUUGAAAAGCAUCGGGUAAUGAACCAUUUUAUGAUACACUUGAGGGAAAGGUCUCAAUGCUUCGGAAAGCUUCAUUUCACCAUCACUGAACAAAAGACAAGAUACAUGCAACACAGAGCGCUUCGCUGAAACGACAGAAGCUGACUGACUGUGCUUCUGCUUCCUAUUUAUACCUUUCGGUCUCCGCCCUCACUCGAGACGUCAUAUAAAUGCUUGACCUCACGCAGCUCGCGUGGCGUUCAAAGGUCAAUGUAAGGGUGUAGGUAGGGUACGUGCUAGGAUACUAGUUGCUAAUAAUAUAUAUGUAGUACAGGGUUAUGUGCGAUGGUUUAAAUUCGUCAGUGUAUUGUAGAUUAUUUGGGAUGUUAGGGUUACAUGGAAACAUUCUGGAGGAGCUGAACACGCAGCGGCAGAUGGGACCAUGGAACCUUGUUACCUUGGAAUUAGUUUAGGUCCGUUGAAUGUUUUAUAUGGUUAUCAUGACCGCACAACAGCAACGAACAGUAGGUGGCGCUAUGCAUAAAGGAUGUAAUGUAAAAAAAAACAAAAGAAGCUGGCAUUCCCUCACAAUGGAACUCCGUAUAAGAACAAAAACAAAAUAGCUCUACCCAGAUAGCACAGGUAGGCCUACAUCUGUAAGAUGUCUGCUAAAGAUCUGGAAAACAUCUGCUAAACAUCUUAGAAAGAGCUGUUGUUCAUCCAUUCUAAAUCAUACACAUCUCACAUCUUCUAGAGGUCUAUCUGACAUCUAACAGCAGACGUCUCAGAGAUGUAGGGCAGAUGAGCAAACAGCAUCUGACAGAUGUCUUGCAGAUGAAAAUGCAGACAUCAAAUAUAUGUCUGCCAGAUGUACGUGUGCUAUCAGGGUAUAGAUCGUAACACUGUGGCCUAACUAGACGAUACAAGAUGCCGCGUCAUACUUUGUUUUUUUCUCAGUUAGCAUAUAUGCUAUGUAUGUUUGUAUGACGCUUCAUAUAGGCCUAGCACUGAAAUAUAUCCCUCGAACAAAAUUCACAAAAAAAAAAAAAACUUUAAACAACAAGAAAAACGUGUACUGCGAGGUUUCGUCGCGACAGGUUAGGACCAGUGUUGGGUGUAACUAGUUACUAAGUAAUUAGUUACUGUAAUUUAAUUACUUUUCCCUUUAAAAAAGUAAAGUAAGGGAUUACUCUUAUUUGUUCUGUAAUUAAAUUACAGUUACUUCUGAUGUAACUGAAUUAAAUACUCUGUAAUGUAUACAAUAGUGGAAUUGACAUUAAAAUUCAAAAUCUAACUUUAAAAUGCAUGCA